UCGGACAACAUUAGUGUGGGUGCGACUCUAAUGCAGUCCGCACGCAUGAGUUUUUGGUCAAACUUGAGACUUUCUCGGAACAAAUGGAGACAGUAAACGUGCUGUUUGUCUCCUCGGUGGACUCUGUGGACUAUAAACUGUCCAAAACGGAGAUCCUGAGAGGAUUCAUCGCAGAGAAACUGACAACAGCCGCGCAGGAAAUCUUCGCGGUUGUGGAGAGAACCGUAGCCGGGUACGAGGAGGAGGCUUCGGGUCUGAGGCAGGAGAUCGACCGGCAGAGGAGGCAGCUGGAGGCGGUGCUGCAGCCUCGGGUCUCUCUCUGUAGGAUAGAUCACCAGUUUCCUGUCUGUGAGCCGGCGGCUGGAGGAGCAGCUGAACUCCCUGCAGAGGAGGAGCAGCACAGAUCUGAGCAGAAUGUGGAGGACUCUGGGAGCCCGGAUAUCAUAGGACACACUGAGGAAGAUGAGGGUGGAGAUGAGGAGGAGGAAGAGGAGGACUCUGCUGAGGAGCCCGAACAGACCACCAGUCUAGAUCAGGAGCAUCUGGGGGAUCCGGAUCAUCAGAUAACAAAUACAAGAGGUCAGUCUGUGGAGAAGAAGCGCAGGAGGCGGAGUCAUAUAAACCUCAGAGUCUGUAUGUUGAGGGACUCCCAGGCCACUGUGCUUAAAAAAUGCGAGAUGAAGUCAGUGGUGAAGAUCCUGAGGUUUCCUGGAGGCCUGCAGGAGUCCGACUUCCUGAACCGGCUGAAGUCCACCUUCCCUCAGCUGAGAGGACAGUUUGAUGCUUUUACAACUGACGCAACCAGGACACUGACGCCACUGAAACUAAAGACACUGACACCAAGAGAGAUCCAAAGGUCCAUCAAAUCCAGAGGCAAAGGAAGAUCAGCCCUUUAUAUCCGAGCACAGCCGGCGGCUGGACGAGCAGCUGAACUCCCUGCAGAAGAUGAGCAGCAAAAGCAGAAUGUGGAGAACUCGAGGAGCCGGGAGGUCUUAGGCCAAGACGGGGAAGAGGAGGGUGAAGAUGAGGAGGACGAGUCUGCUGAGGAGACGGUAGAGACCGCCAGUCCAGAUCAGGAGGAUCCGGAUCAUCAGAUAACAAAUACAAGAGGUCAGUCUGAGGAGAGGAAGCGCAGGAGGCGGAGUCAUAUAAACCUCAGAGUCUGUCUGUUAAGGGACUCCCAGACCACUGUGCUCACAAAAGGCGCGAUGAAGUCAGUGGUGAAGAUCCUGAGGUGUCCUCGAGGCCUGCAGGAGUCCGACUUCCUGAACCGUCUGAAGUCCACCUUCCCCCGGGUAACAGGACGGUUUGAUGCCUUUACAACCGACGCAACCAGGACACUGACGCCACUGAAACUAAAGACACUGACACCAAGAGAGAUCCAAAGGUCCAUCAAAUCCAGAGGCAAAGGAAGAUCAGCCCUUUAUAUCCGAGAACAGAAAGCAAAGAAUUCCCUGAAGAGCAACGAGCAACUUCCUCCACCGCAGGGAAAAGACUCCAUUGACACAGGAAAUGAUGAGAACAGGCCACAUGCAAGUCCUGUAGAAAAUGUGGAGAACAACGAAGCAGAUCAUCUGUCCAUCUCGAGUGUGCAAGAAGAAGCGGAAACGCAGAAAGACAGCGAGCAACUUGGAACAUCAGAUGACGUAAGAGCAGUUUCUUCAGCCCAUGAAGGGGACAAUGGAGACGACGACGACGAUGAUGAUGAGCUGGUGGAAGAUGACAGAGAUGAAGACUGGAAGCCAGACAAGAAUGACAAGGAGCCGAGGGACAGUGAAACUGAACUGAACUCAAAGAUGACGAAGAAACGACGAUUAGAACAUUCAAGAGUCAAAACAAAGAAUAGGAAGAAGGUGCAGUCGUCUCUGAAGGCGUCGACCGAUAAGAGUGACGCUCCUCUGCCCUGUAAAGUCUGCCGAGCUCUGCACAAUUCAAUGAAAAUAUUGAUUAAACACGCCUGGAAUCAUGUGGACGAUCCAGAAAGGCUCUGUGGAGUGUGUGGAGAACAUCCAGAGUCUGUAGAGGAGCUGAGGAGUCACCUUCAAAGUCACCAGAAAACGCACCGCUGCAACAUCUGUGGAAAGUCUUUCCUCACUGUUGUUGGUCUGAAUAGGCAUGCUGCUGUACACACAGGAGAGAGACCAUACAAAUGUGAUGUCUGCCAUAAAGCGUAUACGAAUAAUUUUACUUUGAAGACUCACCGGUGGAUGCAUGUGGAGGAUAAACCACACAAAUGUGAUGUCUGUAAUCAGUCUUUUGCUUUUACACAACAGCUGAGGGUUCACAGCAGGACCCACACAGGUGAGAAGCCUUACACCUGCGAUGUGUGCGGUAAAUCUGUCGGUGACCUUCGAUCUUUAUCCAGACACAAGUUAGCUCACACUGGAGAAAAACGAUACAGCUGUCAGGUUUGUGGGAAGCGGUUUUUAACUCCUGGAGUAGUAAAGGCACAUGAGAAAAUUCACACUGAGAGAGAGAGAAAGUACCUCUGUGAUAUUUGCUGCAAAACGUUCCCCACAGGAUGUCAAUUAAAGGCUCACCUGAAAAGACACAGCGCGGAGAAGAUUAUCUGCAGCGAAUGCGGUAAAGGAUUGUCUUCUCAAGGAGCUCUGACACGACACAUGUUAAUCCACACUGGAGAGAGACCGUACAAAUGCUCAGAGUGUGGAAGAACCUUUAACAGUCUGAGUACUCUCAGAGGCCAUCUGACAACCCAUUCAGGCGUCAAACGGUUUGUCUGUGGGGUUUGUGGGAAAGCGUGCGCUCGCCAAGAACACCUGAAGGUCCACAUGAGGACCCACAACGGAGAGAAACCUUACCAGUGCACCUUCUGCGACAAAGCCUUCACUCAGAGCCACUGUCUGAAAACACAUAUGAAGAGCCACCAGCGGGAAGAACAGUCAGCAGUGGAUGGACUGAAAGACUGAUGAGUCUGUUCUUUUUCUACAUUUAUACAUUUUAAACAACGUCAAUAUAACUUGUUUUCAAGAGUGACUUAUUGUUUCAUAGCGCUGCAGUGCAGUGUUCUGUAAGCAGAGCCUAAGCUAAUGAACCUUGACAGUUAAAUCGCAGCCACCUAGCUGAGUUGGGCUUUUAGGGAGUAUAAAGUAAAAUUGUUUUGGAAAGAGGUGCACUAGAUUUGUAUUGCAAGACAAAACGAGAGCGUCGUUAAUUGUUCUAUCACACUUAUCUUAUUGUCAUAAACAUAAUGCAGCUGAACAAUGUGAGUUGGGUAUUGUUUGUGAGGAUGUGGCACCACGCUACAUCACAGAUGCGUAUGGUCGCAAGUACAUGGUGGAAAAAGUACUCUGAUGUUUUACGUAAAAGUAGAAAUAUGAGAGUGGAGAAAAGACCUACAUUAAACAUUUUGCUCAAGUAAAUAUUCAAAGGUAUUAGCAUCAAAAUAAAAAACUUAUAAUUUUGAA